AUGCGUCUCCUUCGGCUCUUCGUCAGACAACACUCUUCCGCCUCCGCAGCUCUGUUGAGCGGCGAAAACGGCGAAAAGUUUGUGCGAACAGUCGAAGAACGGUUGGCACAGUGCCAGGAGGGCAACUCGAAUGCACCGCCGGAACAGAUCAGCUACUGGGAAUCGGUUGCGAAACAGUCGAAAGUGGUGAGGGGCACGCGGUCGGAGCUCUCGCAACUGCGCUCCAUCGUCAGUGACCCGAAAGAAGCGGAGGAGAUGAGGAAGCUCGCGGAGGAUGAUGUUCGAUCACUUGAAGAGGUUCUAGAGUCAGAGCUCGCCGAGCUGGCCGCCCGAAUCGUUCCGCUCACCAACAUCGACGUGCUCUCCAAGUGCCAGAUUGAAUUGAGCAGUGGAGCCGGCGGACAGGAAGCCAUGCUGUUCACCGGCGAACUUCUGGAUAUGUACAUGAAAUUGGCACAGUGUAACUCGUGGAAAUGGGAACCGUUACAGGUGGGAAAACGGAGGAAAAGACUCAUUGUUUCUAACUCGUGUUCAGGUAGAUAACGUACCUUUGGGCGGUGUGAGAAGUGCUCUGAUUGCGGUCUCCGGCGAGAAUGUCUACGCGAAAAUGCGAUUCGAGGCGGGCGUCCAUCGAGUCCAAAGGGUGCCCGUCAAUGAUUCCCGAAUGCACACGAGCACGGCAAGUGUUUCAGUGCUCCCAGAGCCCGAAGAAGUGAGCAAAAGCCGUCUGAAAAUUGAAAUAAGCAUCCAGUCGUUCAGGUAUCCGUGGUAGUGCCCAGUGAUUCGGUGAAAAUCGAGGCAAUGCGAGCGUCGGGACCCGGCGGCCAAAACGUGAACAAACGGUCGACGGCGGUGCGGAUGACGCACAAAGAGACCGGAAUUGCGGUGCAUUGCAUGGACGAACGCUUUCAGCACCUCAAUAUUCAGGUACGCAGGCAGCUAUCGCUAAAAGAUACUAGCCUAGAAUUCAACAUUUUCCAGAUUGCGUACAAACGUCUAGCGGCGAUUCUAAUGCAGAAACAAGUGGACGCGUCGCUGGAGAAGAUCGUGUCAAAACGAAAGCUGCAAGUCGGAUCGAAGGCGCGCGCGGAAAAGAUCCGCACGUACAACUUCCAGCACGACCGCGUCACCGACCAUCGCAUCCAAAUGGCCGUGACGGGCGUCGAGGAGUUUCUGUCGGCCGGAGAGAACCUGCAGGCGAUGGUCGAACGGCUCCAGGAGCAGCACAUGGAGGACCGGUUAGACCAUUUAAUCGAGAAUUGUAUUGUUGAAUAG